CGGGCGGGAGCGAGUGUCCCCGGACCUCCUUCUCCUCCGCAGACCCCAGGCUGGGUGAGGGGCGGCGGGCGGAGGCGGCCCCGGAGGGUGAGCGGGGCUCCCCGGGGCCACCCGACCCGCCGCAGCCCUGCCCCCGACCCGAUGGGCGGGCGAUGCUCUCUGGGCGCCCCGGACCUUCCAGCCCGGGCGGCGGCCGUGAGACGCCCAGGCUGGGGUCCCUGCUGCAGUGGGGGGAGCUGCCAGGGGGUCUGGCUUGGGAAGCAAAACCUGUCGUGGUCUCCACGGAAGCAGGAAGGUGGGGCAAUGAGAGUUGCCUUCGCGGAUGUGCUGGAUCACCUGGGUAUUUCUGACGCUUAGAUUUCCCAUUUGGAAAAGGGGGUGUCUCCGAUCCCCACAGGUUUUGCCGUUGAACUUGGCUGUGUUGUUCUGCCUCAGAGAAGAAACUCAGCUCCUGCAGGCCUAGCCUGGGGCUCUGCCUUUGAAAACCAGGGAAGGCCAGCUCGGUUAUCAGCCAGAACACAGCAUGAAGUUAUCAGAGAGGUCUUAUUUCUAAACUUGAUAAAGAACGAGAACCACGUGGACUUCUGCACGGGAUACUGAACUGGCCUGAGUUCCAGGGGAAGGACAAUGAGCGCCCAACCUGGAACCAGCACCGAGGUGAAGUGGCAGAAGGUCUUGUACGAGCGACAGCCCUUUCCCGACAACUACGUGGACCAGCGUUUCCUGGAAGAGCUCCGGAAAAACGUCCAUGCCCGGAAGUACCGGUUCUGGGCUGUGGUAUUUGAGUCGGGCGUGGUCGUGCAGCAGCUGUGCAGUGUCUGUGUUUUUGUGGUCAUCUGGUGGUAUAUGGACGAGGGUCUUCUGGCCCCCCACUGGCUUUUGGGGACCGGCCUGGCUUCGUCACUGAUUGGCUAUAUUUUGUUUGAUCUCAUCGAUGGAGGUGAAGGACGGAGGAAAAGCGGGCGGACCCGCUGGGCCGACUUGAAGAGCGCUCUGGUCUUCAUUACUUUCACGUACGGUUUCUCGCCGAUCCUGAAGACCCUCACCGAGUCGGUCAGCACCGACACCAUCUACGCCAUGUCCGUCUUCAUGCUCUUAGGCCACCUGGUCUUCUUCGACUACGGCGCCAAUGCGGCCAUUGUGUCCAGCACGCUGUCCUUGAACAUGGCCAUCUUUGCGUCUGUCUGCCUCGCCUCACGCCUGCCCCGGUCCCUGCACGCCUUCAUCAUGGUGACAUUUGCCAUCCAGAUUUUUGCCCUGUGGCCCAUGCUGCAGAAGAAACUGAAGGCACACACUCCCUGCAGCUACGUGGGCGUCACCCUGCUCUUUGCAUUUUCAGCCCUGGGAGGCCUGCUGUCCAUCAGCCUGGUGGGCGCCGUCCUCUUUGCCCUUCUGCUGGUGGCCAUCUCGUGUCUCUGCCCUUUCUACCUCAUCCGCCUGCAGCUUUUCAAAGAAAACAUUCAUGGGCCUUGGGAUGAGGCGGAGAUCAAAGAAGAUUUGUCCAGGUUCCUCAACUAAGUUAGGGACCCCUGUUCCCUUAGGAAGGCAAGCUGAUAGUCUAACCUCCCAACUAGAUUAAGAUCUGAAGGCAGAGUUCCACCCGGUUGGUCGCCACAGACUGAUGUGGGUGGGAAAAUGGAGAUCAAAGGAAAAGAUUAGCCAGAAGGCUUGGCUGGUGAAGGUGCUUAUCUGUUCUGUUACUCAGCAGAUGCAAAAGCUUUCUGGGGCCCUCAGGGAUCAUUGCCUCCCGUGUAUUAGUCACUGUGACAAAGGAAGUGAUGCGGUUUCAAUAUAUUAAACAACAAUGGACCCA